AUGCCCUUUGAUUGCUUUCUGACCCUCGACGGCAUCGACGGUGAGUCGACGGACGCGAACCACACCAACGCGAUUGAACUGCUUUCGUUCUCCUUUGGUGCCACGCAAGCGGUUGGCUCGAGUGCCAGCACCGGUGGUGCUCGUUCCGGCGAACGUGUUGCCUUGCAAGACUUUUCCAUCACCAAGGUGUUGGACAAAGCUUCGCCGAAGAUCUUCCUGAACUGCUGCAAUGGUACGCACAUCUCGACAGUGACCAUUGACGUUUGCCGGGCGACUGGUUCGAAAGAAACGUACAUGACUUACGAGAUGGAAGACGUGCUCAUCACCAGCUACCACCCCAGCGGAGCCUCGGGCGGUGAACUGCCGAUUGAGUCGGUUACCUUCAACCCGGCCAAGAUCACGUUGACCUACACCGUCACCGAUCACGAUACGGGCGACUCAAGCGGUAACGCAUCGAUGGCCGAACCGACCUGCGAAAAGUGUGGCAAGCAAAGCUUCGAAUCGCAGUACCUCGAUUCUGCCAAAAUGAUUCUCGCGUUUUGCGGCGAGUGUGGGCACGUGGUGGGGGCGAUCCCCGACUACCAGACGCUCGCCAAUGCGGUGGUGGUCAACCUGACCCGCGGCUGUCGAAACGGCACGGGGUCCAAGAACAUGGGAUUUCAAGUUGUCUCGGGAGCGGUGAUCGAGUGCACCCUUGGCUCUGCUCCAACGGCGCUGAUCGUAACGCCUUCGAACAUGGUCGAUGCCGGCUCACUGGUCGCGGCCACUAUCGAAGACUUUGAGUCGAUCACGAACAUUCCGACGUUCGGAACCUGCGACUCGACGUUAAGUGCUUGUGUGCCUGCCACCACGCCUUGGACCCCUGGAAGCGCGAAUGUGACGAUUGGGAACCAGGCCUUCUCCCACAAAGAUAGCGUUCGAUCUAUGUCGACUUCGGCUACCCAAUCGAAUCGCGCGAUCUCGAUCUCAACUACCCUUGGUACCGACAAGCUGCUGCUGGCCGGGUUCGAAGGGACCGAGGCUCUUUCACAGCUCUUUCAGUUCAACCUGGAAAUGUGGUCGGACGACGACUCCAUCGAUGCCACCGACAUUGUGGGCAAGACCGUCACGGUCACGAUGGACACGGAUCAGACCUCAACUCGGUAUUUCAAUGGCUAUGUGAGCCAGUUCUCGGCCGGAAUUCGCCGUGAUGAUCUCCGUGAGUAUCGGGCCGUCGUCGUACCCUGGCUGUGGUUUCUUACCAGAACCACAAACUGCCAGAUCUUUCAAAGUAUGACGGUUCCCCAGAUCGUGGAGUCGGUUUUUAGCUCGUUCAGCUUUUCAGACUACACGACUUCGGGAAUCAGCGGCUCGCAUCCCGAGCUAGACUAUGUGGUUCAGUACAACGAGACGGCGUUCAACUUUGUCUCACGCCUGCUGGAGCGGGAAGGCAUCUUCUACUACUUCACGCAUGAAGAUGGCAAGCACACGCUGAAUUUGGCCGAUAGUACGUCGGUUUUUGAAGACGGCGAUCCGUCGACCAUCGAAUACACUUACUCCAGCGGUGCACGCAAUCAUGUGAAUCGCAUCACCGAUUGGCGGCACCACUACGAGUACCGCUCAGGAUCCUGGGCAUCGACGGACUACAACUUCGUCGACUUUCCAGCUCGAUCGACUACCACGCCUGCGGAUAACUUGCUGAACUCUCAGGACACAGUCCUGAGUUACGACAGUAUCUCCUCGUACGAGAAAUUCGAAUACCCGGGCGGAUUUCAGACGACCUCCGACGGGUCGACGUACGCCCAGACUCGUAUCCAGGAAGAUGAACUUCCAGGACACGUUGUUUUCGGUUCCAGCCAGGUACAUACCCUAGCCACCGCAAACAAGUUCACCAUUUCUGGCCAUGAUUGUGACGGCGAAGAUGGGCAGACUUAUGUGGUGAAGUCGGUGAUACAUCAUGCCUAUGUGAGCGCGCCCUACCGGAUGACUACGGCCAAUGGGGGAAAGCAAGGCGACUAUCACAACGAAUUCACUUGUAUCCCCGAUGGGACGACCUACCGUCCUCCCCGCUCGACACCGAUUCCCAAAAUUUACGGCUCCCAAACCGCGGUGGUCGAUGGACCCGAUGGUGAAGAGAUCUGGCCCGACUCGUACGGACGGGUCAAGGUGCAGUUUCAUUGGGACCGAGUAGGGGUUCGCGAUGAAAACACCAGUUGCUGGAUUCGCUGCUCGCAGUCGAUGGCCGGAAAGAACUGGGGAUCGAUGUUCAUUCCCCGCAUUGGCCAGGAAGUGGUGGUGACAUUCCUCGACGGCAAUCCCGACCGCCCCCUAAUCACCGGCCUGGUGUACAACGCGAAUCAAAUGCCUGCGUAUACGCUGCCCGACGAAAAGACCAAAAGCUACAUCAAAACCAACAGCAGCACCGGCGGCGAUGGGUACAACGAGAUCCGGUUUGAGGACCUGGCCGGUAGCGAGCAGAUUUUCAUCCACGCACAGCGGAACAUGGAUGAGCGAGUCGGCAACGACAUGAUGGAGCAAAUCUACAACAACCGCCAUUUGAUCGUGGGCGACGACGACAAUAGCGACGGUGGCAACCAAUACGAGAAGAUUUACGCCAACAAAGAACUCCACGUGCUCGGUGACCAGACAGAACAGAUCGAAGGCAAUCUUACGCUCACCAUCGGCAAUGGCGACGAUGAUGACGGCGGCAGCGUCAAUCUUUACAUCGCCGCCGACAAGACCGAGCAGAUCGCUGGCGACAACGACUACACUUGUGCGGGCGAUCUGCAGCAGAGCAUUGAUGGUGAUCACUCGCUCACCGUUGGCGGCGACCGAAACACAAAAGUGACUGGCAGCGACUCGCUAGAGUCAGAAGCGAACUUUCAGCAUAAGGCGAGCAAGAACGUCUCGCUUGAUGUCGGCAGCAGCUACUAUCUGUCAGCCGGCAGUGACGUCGUGAUUGAGGCCUCCUCCAGCCUGACACUCAAGGUUGGUGGCAACUAUGUUGUCAUUGAUAGCUCUGGUGUCUCGGUGGUUGGCUCGAUGGUGAACCUCAACAGCGGCGGCUCGGCUGGUUCGACCAGCAUUACCUCGCCGAGUACGCCAGGGUCUCCAAGCGAAGCGGCCCAGGCCUGCCCCACCGAUCCUACAGAGGCCGACGAUUCGGAGACGGGUUCGAUUUCGGCUCCCUAA